AAAGUAAGCAUUCACUGAGCGCACCACUACAAUCCGUAACAUCCUUUCAAAAAAAGACCAAAAAAACCGCAAAACAUCCCGUCACGCGCCAGAAAUAAUCUGCUAGCCGCAUCCAUCCUCUUCGAGGUGUGCUCUUCAAUCACCUCGCCUUAAUUGCGUUUGCCCUUAUCUGUGGUCUAUUUUUCAGAGUACCUAGGCCGUUACUAAACUACGCCUGCCCGAGAAUCCGCUAUCAUGGAUCGACAAUUCACCUGCUUUUUCAGGCUGCCGACCGAGCUCCGGCUCAAGAUAUGGAGGCUGUGCGAGGCCCGCGCCAGAGUUGCUGAGCUGGACCUGCCCAUCAAGGAGAUAGUCGAAACCGACUGUGACCUCCUCUAUAUCUCCCUGCGCAACUGCAAACAGCCCGCCUUCGCCCAGGCGUGCCGCGAGGCCCGCCAGGUCGCCUUCGAGGACGGCGGUUUUCUGUGGGAGAUACCAGAGACCAAGGGCAUCCCCGACCUUUGUGCCGUCAAUCGCACCAGCGAAACCUGGUUCUACCCUCGCUCGGACAUAGUGCACCUGAACUGGACCGCUGCCUAUGAGCUCUAUGGAGACGACCCAGACUCGGUGUCCGUACUCAACGGCUAUCGUCCCGUGGCACGGGCUGUCUCAUUCAUGGCCGACGCGACAGUGGCGUUUGACUGGAGUGGCAGAGGCCCUACCUUCUUUCUCCCUGUGGUUGAUCGCUCUGUAAACGCCCAUCUCCAGCCGCGAAAGGAGUACAUGGUGUGCCUUGCGGAGAUCAUCAUCCACGCCACCGAGGAGCAGGUAUUGGCGUCAGGGACCUUCGAGGGCCUCGCCGCGCCAAUCCAGAUCCUCGAUCCUUUCGACGACCACAAAGCCGUCCAUGCUAUGCACCAAUUGUGGCAGCAUGGUCGUCCGGGAGAUUCGAAGCAGGACGAGUAUGGGGAGAUAUUCGAUGCUCUACUGAACCCCGAAAUAUUUGCCAACUUGCUUGAACGUUGGAGGGAGGCGGUUUCGAACAACUGGCUCGGCCACGUCUGGGCGCAAGAAGCCGAAAGGGGAACGUUGAGCGAGAUCGAUGGGAGGGACCAGAUUUGGAGGUGGCGGGAUUUGAGCAGACCAGAGUCUCCAUUCUUACCUGGCCUUGAUCCAGAACUGAUUAGCGAAGAGCUGCAUUGUUUCAACCUCUCGCACCCGUGGGUUGUCAGUACGCUGGCCUCGAUGCCUAUCUUUCGGCCAAUGAUCUUGUUCCGGCAUUGUGAGAGGGAUUGUUGGUAAUGUCGAAACCUAGUCCGAGCCGUUGUUGAAUGGAUAAUACUCAUUGUAUGACGAAGUCUCUGGGUUUCAGCUUACAGGCCUUACUGACACUGUGGCAAUCAAUAGCAGGCGGGUGCUGAAUGCGGUACAGAAUCUGCUCAUCGAGUCAUAGCUCGCUGAAUUCAGUCUGUAGGCAAUUGGAUACACGUUACCAAUCAAAAUCUUAGAUGGUUCACCAAGCUGAUCAUAAUUCACAAACUUUGUUUCACGAGACAACAGCAGUAAUGUACUGGAACUCAGAGAUGGAGGCACUUACAGUAGACCUACCCCAAAAAUGAACGAAACCCCGAACUUCUUACUAAACGACUGCUUCA